UUUGGAAAAGAUGUUUCUAGAGGUUUGGGUGUGGCUGCAACAUUUAUGUCAAAAAUGGGUUAUCGAGAAGGUUCUGGACUUGGAGCUAAAGAACAGGGGAUUAGUAGAGCAUUACAGGUCCAAAGAACUGGAAGAAAUGUUGGUUUAAUUGUUGGAGAAGAAAAAGCUGCUGUGAUUACAAGUUUGUCUGAAGAAGAGAAUGAGGAGGAAGAAAGGAGAGGAGGAUCAAUUUCCUACAUUUUAGAUAACAAUGCAAUUCCCGACAACACCAACAGCGACAACAGCAAGAUGGACACUUGCUGGAUUUUGAAGUGCCCUUGGAUCUUUGAUGAUUUGUUGAUGUGA